UCUCCGCUUCUCAAGAAAGAAUCCCUCUGACCAAAGAAGGAGGAGGAGAAAGAAUUCCUUCAUUCAGGGGCACAUUCGACGACUCUCUUCUCCUUCUUCCUCUUCUUCUUGUCAUUUCAGCUCUCUAGCCAGAGCUUCAAUGGCGGCUCAAUCGACAUUACCUACCUCUCUGCUCUUGCUUAUCCUCUCACCUCUUCUGCUCUUACCGGGGGUGCGGUCCAGGACCUUCACAUUCGUUAACAAGUGCGACUACACGGUGUGGCCGGGAAUCCUCUCCAACUCCGGCGUCCCUACCCUCUCCACCACCGGCUUCGCCCUCCAGAACGGCGAGUCCAGGACGCUCACGGCCCCGGCCUCCUGGGGCGGCCGCUUCUGGGGCCGGACCUACUGUACCCAGGACACCUCCACCGGCAAGUUCUCCUGCCUCACCGGCGACUGCGGUUCCGGCGAGCUCGAGUGCUCCGGCAGCGGCGCCACUCCCCCGGCCACCCUAGCCGAGUUCACCCUCGACGGCGCCGGCGGGCUCGACUUCUUCGACGUCAGCCUCGUCGACGGCUACAACCUCCCCAUGCAGGUGGUCCCCCAGGGCGGGUCCGGCCAGAACUGCACCAGCACGGGCUGCGUGGCGGACCUCAACGCCGCGUGCCCGACCGAGCUCAAGGUGGCGUCGUCGGACGGCUCAGGGGGCGUCGCGUGCAAGAGCGCGUGCGAGGCGUUCCAGCAGCCGCAGUACUGCUGCAGCGGCGCGUAUAACACACCGCAGACGUGCAAGCCGUCGUCCUACUCGGAGAUGUUCAAGAGCGCGUGCCCACGCGCCUACAGCUACGCCUACGACGACAGCACCAGCACCUUCACAUGCGCCGGUGCCGACUACAUCAUCACGUUCUGCCCAUCCCCCAACACCAGUCAGAAAUCGUCUUCCUCCUCGUCGAACUCCUCGUCGAACAGUAACAGCAGCAUGGUGUACGUGGGGGCGCUGGACACAAGCGGGUUGUCCUCGUCAGCGCCCACUGUGUUGGCAGGUCGCAUUGCGGGGAGAUUAGUCAGCAUCGCAGUAGCAAUGUGGCGGUUGCACCACCUCUUCUAACUUCCCAAUAGCCCAUUUUUUUUUUUUAGUUUUAAGAAUUAAAGAAGAACUAAAAAAAAAAAAGGAAACACUGUAGGGGAUCGAGCUUAGUUGUCAGAGCUGCCAUUAUUAUUAUUAUUAUUAUUAUUUUGGGUCCACGAAGAAGAGGUCGGGCCCAAAGCUUCAAAGAACUAUGUGAUUGCACGACAUGUCGGGCCCUACUGGUGGGGCCCGGGGAGAGAUGGGGCCAGCCAGCGUGGGUCUGAGUCACCAUGAAAAAGCCCACUACCUGUCGAUUGGAUAUGGAGGAAAUUCGAGGAGGUUGCCCCAUGUUAGGUUAGGAGUUGGGCAGCCUUCGAAGACUUUUUAUUUAUCACUAUUAAUUUUUGUUCUUAUUAAAUGUCAUGACUACUAUAUUAUUUUUUAAUACUUAGGCGGAGAUAUAUUCAGUAUAUUUAUAUAUAUAUUUAGGAUAGGAAAGAUUGUAGUUUUUAGAAGAUUGGUUGGGUGGGGAUUCUUUGUAUUAUGUAAAACCACCACAUUUGGUGUCGUGAAACAUUUAUGUUGAUAUAAUAAAUAUAUAAUUUUAUUUAUUUACGGUUCAA